GUCACCGAGAGGUGGUCAAAGACUUCCACACGCACACUGUCAACCAUGUCCGAGCAACACGCGCAGAAUGUUGCCCGCGGCCACAAGGCGGCGAUUAACAACCCAAACGUCUCCGAGGAGGCGAAGCAGAACUCGCGUCGUGCCCUCGCUGAGCUGGAGGGCUCCGAGAACCCGGAGGACUUCACUGCCUCCGUGGGAAGCGACAAGACGCAGGACUACGACCCUCGUAGGGCUUCCGAACUCGGGGCUAAGAACGAUGACUUGCGCUUCGGUAGGCGUGGCGCGUCUCAGGAAGUCUGAACUGAUGGGGAACGAGUAGAAACUGA